CAUUAAAUAGGAAAUAAAAACACGUUCUGGAGAUAUUUUCGUUUUUAUUGUUGACCUUUUUCCUCAGGCUUUUAGCAGAAAAAAACUAACGUGCACGAGGUUGCCAGGUGUUGAUUGACAAGGAAUAAAAGAAAGUGGUUAUCGGGCUCUCGUGUCAGUUUUACGUCAACUUGAGCCAAGUCAUGAAAGGAAAACGAGAUUCUCUACGCGUGUGGCUAGAAAAAAACCUCAAUGCUAACAAGAUUCGUGGAUUGGAAUGGAAAGAUGCGAAGAAGAAGAUUUUCAAAAUUCGUUGGAAGCAUGCAUCGAAGCACGGAUGGUCGUCAGAGUUAGAUGGAUGUGUUUUCAGAGAAUGGGCAAUUUACUCUGGAAAGUUCAAACCUGGUGAAAGUGUGCAAGAGCAGCCUAAAGUUUGGAAAGCAAAUUUUAGGUGUGCAUUAAAUGCACUACCCGAUAUACAAGAGAUUGUCUCCGAAAGGGAGACGCGUGGUAAUGAAGCACAAAAGGUUUUUCACAUGAAACCUCAUGUAUUAAAACAAGGAAGGCGGGGAAAUCGUUCUAGUUCUUACCGUGUAAGAAAUGGUUCCGGAUAUCAAGCAACAAAUUCCUACCUAAAAUAUGUGGAAGAACCCAACAUGAUGCAAGUAGUUGGCAAUAAGGGUAUGUGGGCGCAUCGUCCUUCUUUCACCAGACCUGUUUCUGAAAAUCCGCCACCUUUGUUACACAUAAGAAGCGAGUGUUGUUCUGCAAUCGAACGCGGUCAAACAGAAAAAGCAGCAUUUUCCAGUUACGUGAAAACGAUGAAAGAAACUGAACCGGUUUUGCCAGAGCAUAAAAUAAUUGACUUGAUAGACUCUUGGUCGCAUGAACUCCGCGAGGAGCAACAUGAAUCACGGUAUUACACUCCUGUUCAAACAUCAAACCAAGGCAGUUACGUGGAAACUUCGAUUGGUUUAUAUCAAAAUUCAUCUGCCAACUACAGACCUCAGCAAACAUCUCGUAUACCAGCAUCUCGUUAUUAUUUGACUUAUGACACUGCUGACGAAUCAACACAAACAAGCUUUGAGUAUGUUUCUCGAAUAUAAACUGAAAACUGAAUGAUGAGUUGUAAAUGCCGUGAUUUAAUAUUUAAAUAACCUUAAUCUUAAAGACUUAAUGUAAACUUAUAUUGAGGCGUAUAAAAUCUGUUAGGCAUAUUUGUAUAUAUUAUCCAAAGAACAUUUCUUCACCUGAAUCAUAUACACUAUUAAACGUGACAUUAUAUUGUAUGUAUUUAA